UCCUUGUAAGAGCUGCAGGGACCAGCCAGAGCUCACAGCUGCUAGAGAUGGCCAAGAAGCUGGUAGCUGUGCUCCUGCCCAUUCUCCUCUGCCUCAUCGGGGUGAUAGGGAUCCUGCUGCUGGCUCUGCCUGCAAGGGACGUCAAUGAGCCCCCCAAAUAUAAGUAUGGUAUAGUACUGGACGCGGGCUCCUCUCACACCGCACUGUUUAUCUACAAGUGGCCUGCAGACAAAGAAAAUGACACGGGCAUUGUGAGCGAGCACAGCAUGUGUGAUGUCCAUGGUCCCGGGAUAUCCAGCUAUUGGGAGAAUCCACCUGAAGCUGGAAAGAGCCUGGAGACGUGUCUGCAGCAGGCUGUAAGCGAUAUUCCCUCCAGUCGGCAUUCCAUCACUCCCCUCUACCUAGGAGCCACCGCUGGGAUGAGACUGCUCAACUGGACUAAUCCGAAAGCCUCGGACAAUGUUCUGGAAGCUGUGAGCAGCACACUGAAGUCGUAUCCCUUUGAGUUCCGAGGGGCCAAGAUUCUGUCCGGUCAGGAUGAGGGAGUGUUCGGCUGGGUCACAGCCAACUACCUCAUGGAGAGCUUCAUCAAGUACAGUUGGGUGGGACGCUGGUUCCAGCCCAGGAAAGGGACUCUGGGAGCCCUGGAUCUCGGUGGAGCAUCCACACAAAUUACUUUCGAAACCUCGGACAAGAUUGACAACCCUGAGAAUGAAAUGAACCUGCGGCUGUACGGCCAGUCCUAUCGGGUAUACACCCACAGCUUCCUGUGCUACGGGCGAGACCAGGUCCUCAAGAGGGUCCUGUCCAAAGUGCUGAAGGAACAAGGUUACAGUUCGAAUGUUCAGAAUCCAUGCUGGCCCAAGAAUUAUGACAGUUCUCUAACACUUGGGGAUGUGUAUGAGAGUCCGUGCACACAGAGUGAGAGGCCUCCUAACUAUGACUCUUCACAGUCCGUCCAGAUGAGCGGCAGUGGAGACGGAGUCCAGUGCCGGAGAAUUGUAGAUGGCAUCUUCCAGUUUACGGACUGUUCAUACUCCUCGUGUUCCUUUGAUAAAAUCUUCCAACCCAAAGUGACUGGAAAAUUCAUUGCUUUUGCAGCUUAUUUUUACACCGUAGACUUCAUGAAAUCUGUGAUGAAGAUGCCAGUUGACUCACUAGUCGAUCUGCGGAUGGCAACCGAUGCCAUCUGCACCUCCAGUUUCGAUGAGCUUUCCAGCAAAGUAGCUCCGGGUCUGAAAAAACAUCUGAACGGCUAUUGCGCCACUGCUAACUUCAUCUACCUGCUGACCAGCAAAGGGUACAAGUUUGACAAUGACACCUUCCCCAACAUCGCGUUCCAGAAGAAGGCUGGUGACACCUCCAUUGGCUGGGCUCUUGGAUACAUGCUGAACCUCACCAACAUGAUACCUGCAGAACAAGCUUCCAUUCUCAAAGCCACUGACUUUAGCUCCUGGGCCGCCCUCAUCUUCCUCUUCGUGAUAAUCAUUCUUCUCGGUCUGAUUAUUUCCUUCACCACCUUUAGGUCCAAUAAACAGGCUGAAACCAUAUGAUGCGAGACGGCCGCGAAUGGGUCAAGCCAUAGUGUCCCUCUGCCCAGUAGAGAGGAUUGUACAACUUAUCUAGGUCCCCCAUAAUCCUAAUGCGGGGGGGUCUGUGACAUCUUCAUAUAUGGUUGCUGAAGCUUGGGCAUGAAACCUAACAACGGACUGGAUGUCUAUACCGCGCCUACAUGGAAGAUCCCUGAUGACUUGUAUUAUUGUGAAGGAAACAAGUUUUAUUUUUUAAAGGACACCUUGAUAUUUUA